UUCCAAAAUCCCAGAGAUUCUUCUUUAUUUCUCUCUCCCUUGUCCUUAAUUCAUUCAACCCAUUCCCAUUGGCCAAGAACAGCACAGAUUUAGGUUCAUUUCCCUGCAAUUUCCAGCGGAUCUCGUUCAUAUUCCCAAUUCCGUUUGAUUUUUGUGGUGUUUCUUCAUCUCUGAGAACAGCCCUGUCCUGUCCAUGGGCGACGAGAGGGCUAAUAUUACUCCAAAACUAACGAUUCUUCCUCUCAUCGCUUUGAUUUUCUACGACGUUUCAGGAGGACCCUUCGGAGUGGAGGAUUCCGUGAGCACUGGCGGUGGUCCGCUUCUAGCUUUGCUAGGUUUCUUACUGUUUCCCUUUAUUUGGAGUAUUCCGGAGGCGUUGGUCACGGCGGAGCUCGCCACAAGCUUCCCCCAAAACGGCGGAUAUGUGGUCUGGAUUUCGGCAGCUUUUGGCCCGUUUUGGGGGUUUCAAGAGGGCUUCUGGAAAUGGUUCAGUGGGGUAAUGGAUAAUGCUCUGUAUCCUGUACUGUUUCUUGAUUACUUGAAGCGUUCGUUUCCUGUUUUUAGCCAUAUAUUUGCUCGAAUUCCAGCUCUGUUAGGAAUCACUGCUUCUUUAACUUACUUGAACUAUCGUGGUCUGCAUAUUGUUGGGUUUUCUGCUGUUGUUCUUGCUGUGUUUUCGCUUUGUCCUUUUGUAGUGAUGACCAUUCUUUCAAUUCCCAGAAUAAGGCCUAGGAAGUGGCUAGUUGUAGAUUAUAGUAUGGUGAAUUGGAGGGGCUAUUUCAAUAGUAUGUUUUGGAACCUGAACUAUUGGGAUAAGGCAAGUACUUUAGCUGGGGAGGUUGAGAAUCCUAGCAAGACCUUCCCCAAGGCUAUGUUUGGAGCUGUGGUUUUGGUGGUUUGUUCUUAUUUGGUUCCUCUUUUGGCUGGGACUGGUGCGUUGGAGACAGAUUCAAGUGAGUGGAGUGAUGGGUAUUUUGCUGAGGUUGGGGCGUUGAUUGGUGGGGCGUGGCUGAAGUGGUGGAUUCAAGCGGCUGCUGCUAUGUCUAACAUGGGGUUGUUUGAGGCUGAAAUGAGUAGUGAUGCAUAUCAACUGCUUGGGAUGAGUGAGAUGGGCAUGAUUCCUUCUGUGUUUGCUUCAAGAUCAAAAUAUGGGACACCCACCUUCAGCAUUCUGUGCUCUGCCAUUGGGGUUAUCUUCCUCUCAUGGAUGAGUUUCCAAGAAAUACUCGAGUUUCUCAACUUCCUAUACUCCAUAGGAAUGCUUUUGGAGCUUGCUGCCUUUAUAAAACUUAGAAUAAAGAAGCCAGACCUCCACAGACCUUAUAAAGUUCCCUUGCAAACAUUUGGUGCCAUAAUGCUUUGCUUGCCACCUGCAGCUUUGCUUGUUCUUGUCAUGUGUUUAGCUUCUGCACAAACAUUCUUAAUCAGUGGGGUUAUAAUUGCUGUAGGGUUUCUUCUAUACCCUUCUCUUUCACAAGCGAAGAACAGAGGAUGGGUCAAAUUUAUUUCAGAACAGCAAGGAGAUACUCUUCCAGAUGUGGAAGACUGCCUGGUCGAGCCGCAACCACGGCAAGAAGUUCUCGAUGAGUCAGUGAUUCGGCUUCUUUCAGAAUCUCCUUCGUCUCCGAAUAUAGCCAACCAAUAACAUCCACAGAUUCCCCAACUCGGACACAGUCGAAACACAUGCAGACCAUGCGGUUUCGAAGAUCGGGUGCUUGAUUGAUGGAUAUUAAGUGUUGCAUAGAAUACAUUGUUGUAAACAUAUUUAUGUACAAAUUGUGUUCAUGUUCUCUUGAAAGGUUUAUACUUGUGCUGA